CCGCUAGCCGAGUUCGCGAACUGUUGACGUUUUCUCCUCUACACAUUUGAUACUUGCUAUUUCCUACACGCCAUGUCGUCCAGAACUCUGCCCCUGCUUUUCAUUAACCUCGGCGGAGAAAUGCUCUACAUCCUGGAUCAGCGCCUUCGAGCCCAGAAUAUCCCCGCCGACAAAGCCAAGAAAGUCUCUACUGUAGCCGACUGGAUAGAGAAGGACAGAAGGAGAGUUAUGAAUGACAUUAUCACAACCAUGUUCAACAAGAAGUUUCUGGAAGAGCUGUUCAAGCCACAGGAGCUGUACUCCAAGAAGGCCCUACGAACUGUGUUUGAUAGACUGGCCCAUGCCUCCAUAAUGAGACUCAAUCAAGCAAGCAUGGACAAGCUGUAUGACUUAAUGACCAUGGCCUUCAAGUACCAAGUGCUACUCUGUCCCCGGCCCAAAGACCUCCUCCUAGUGUCCUUCAACCAUAUGGAUGCCAUCAAGGACUUUGUGAAGGACACUCCCAACAUUCUCAGCCAGGUUGACGAGACGUAUCGACAACUCAUAGAGAUAUAUACGCCAUUAUCUAGUGGGGAAUUCCAGUUGAUAAGGCAAACUCUUCUCAUCUUCUUCCAAGACAUGCAUAUAAGGGUAUCUAUCUUCCUCAAAGACAAAGUGCAAAACUCCAAUGGCCGUUUUGUCCUUCCCACUAGCGGUCCUGUGCCCUACGGAACACAAAUUCCUGGUUUGAUAAGAAUGUUCAGCUGCACUGGUGAGGAAGUGAGCCGGCUACAGUUCCAUAAUGGUGGGAAUUACAGCAGUGCUCUCCGAGAGGGGUCCUUUGAGAUGUUUGGAGACAGGGUCAUCAAACUGGGCACAAACAUGUACAGUGUAAGUCGGCCCGUGGAGACCCACAUGUCAGGGACGUCUAAAAAUUCUGCACAACACACUAAGGUCAACACUACACCCAACCCCCUGGCCAAAGAGGAGCUGAACAUGCUGGCUCGGUUGAUGGGAAGGUUAGAGGUCCAGAAACCUGGAAACACUGACAGCGGCUUCCGGGUCAAUCUCUUCUCCACAGACGAGGAGGAAGAGGAGGCAUUAAUAUCACGGCCUGAUGAGCUUUCAUAUGGAGUCAUAAACAUCCAAGCCACAAAGGAUCAGCAGGUCAACGCUGAGUUGGCCAAGAUCAUGGGAGAGUUUACCGAGGCUGAGGAGCCAUCUUCGUGUGCCAGCAGCAAAGGCGAUGACCUCUUAGCCAUGAUGGAUGGCCUGUGACUUAGUCUCCAUGGUAAUGAUGGCCACGGAGAGGGGCAAAAUUCAUUAGCAACAGUACAUUCUACUGUAGACCAGCCUUUGUCUGUACCUGCCAACACACAGCAUCUGUCUCGUACACAGCCAGGAAAGCUUGUCUUUGGAUUCUUACAGUGCUUUUAGAAUGCGGAUGUAAGCAGGCCCCUUCAUUUGUUUGCAGAGGAUCAAAUGCAAACUACAGAUGUGUGUAGUUUACAGUGGAGGAAGUAUGGCGAAUCAAGCAUCAAGCUUUUAAAUGCCGGCACAUGUGUGCUGCACACUGGAAAAUUUCAGUGAGUCAAAUUGCAUCAAAUUUGCCCUACUAAUACCCUGCUGCUGUUAUAUAUAGUUCUUAAUUUUGUCAAGAUGGCAUUUCUCUUGGAUGAUGACAAUACCUCAUGGAUUUGGAACGAUAUCAGGCUUAUCUAGUCCGAAAGGCCCCAUUCACUACAGUGCAGAGUAGUCACCUUCUGCAAGAUAAUGAGUAAAGUACUUGUUACAACAAGAGACGAGGGAAUAGCAAGAAACAGAAAUGAUCUUUCUGUUGUGAUCCAAGCUCAAAUCCCACAAUACUCAAAUAUUUAUUUUCUCAUGUAAUUAAGUAAAUAGGUGCUGAUGACAUAUUGUGCUGUCAAAAUGUCACACAGUGUGAUGUGUAAGGAGAAACUUGCAAAAAACUCCUUCUAUGGAAAAAAUGUUACAAGAAUUUCCAGCCCUGUUACAGAAGUUAAUAUAUUAUGAUUGUUAACAUGUUUAUAAUAGAUUUUAUUUGUUUGAAUAUAUUGUUUGUGUUUUCUGUCCUUUUGUCUGUAAGAGGCCACUGGGAUUCAAGCAAUUCCAAACCAAUGUUGAACUUAGAAUGACAAUUUUGUAAUACUAUAAUAAUAAUUGUGAUUUAAAUGGAAUUUAAACAUCACUUGAGUUUUUGUUUUAUAUUCAUCCUUAUUGCAUAGAUUUUUAUCUCUGGUGGUGAUGCAAUAACAUGUUUAUGA